UUCUCCUGAACCCAUUUUCCUGUUGCAUCUUGUUAACUCUGUGGCCAAACUUGUUGAGAAACACAUUUCCUCAGUCAGAACAUGUUUUUACUGAUGAAACAAACACACCCUCCAGUUGGACAUGUAUAAAUACAGACAAACGUCACGGUUCAUUCACUUCUUCUUCUUCCUUCGAUCAUCAGGCUGACGAAAAGGGAAGGUGAAAAGUGGAAGAGGCUGUUUUCGGUCUCGGUGGUCAGACGCUCCAUGAACCACAGCUGUUUUCACACAAAUACUGAAAAGAACGGCUUUGAUUCCAGGUGUACCGUCCUUUAGCUCCACAGCCGUUCACUUUUACUCCUCAGACAGAACACCUCCACCUUCACAGAUGCUCUCACAUAAUGUGACCAUGUCGUUGAACUCCACCCGUCCUGGCGGCGUUGGCGGCUGCCCACCGGUGGGCAUCCAGCUGGAGGGCGUGGUCCUGCCUCCGGUCCUCACCGUCGACGUUGUGCUGGGGCUUCUGGGAAACGUCGUGGCCCUGUGGAUCUUCUGCGUCAAACUGAAGUCGUGGAACCCCAACACCUUGUUCCUGUUCAACCUGGUCAUCGCAGACUUCAUGGCCCUGGUCAGUCUGCCGCUCAGGAUCGACGCCUUGCUCAGGGGCCACUGGGUGUUCGGCGACGGCCUCUGCAGAAUCAACCUGUUCCUCAUGUUUUCCAACCGGACGGCCAGCAUCGCACUCAUGACCGUGGUGGCGGUUUACCGAUACUUUAAGGUGGUCCACCCUCAUCACCGUCUGAACCGCCUGACCAAGCGCCAGGCCGUCUUCGUGUCGGCGUCGGUGUGGGCGCUGGUGGUAGCUCCUCGGGUUCCCAUGUUGGCCUACAGUCACAUCAAACUCCCCGGGAACAGGACGCAGUGCUUCUUCUUCACGUCCUACAAAGAAGCGUCCCGGGCCAUCAUCAUCCUGGUGUCCAUGCACCGGAUCCUGACUGUUCUGGAGUUCGCGGUGCCCAUGCUCAUCCUGCUCUUCUGCUCCGUCAGGAUCUUCAGUUUCCUGAAGCAGCGGCAGAUGGGAAGGCCGGAGAAGGUUCGGAAGGCCAUGCGGGUGUGCGUGGCCAUCGUGGUGGUGUUCGUGGUGUGUUUCUUACCCACCACCGUCACCACCGUGGGCAUCUGGGUCAUCAAAUCGUACCGGCCGUGGGACUGCGCCUCCUUCUACACCUUCACCCAGCUCAACAUCGUGUCCCUGGGCCUGAACUUCCUGAACUCCGCCCUGGACCCGGUGGUCUACGUCUUCUCCAGCUCCAUGUUCAGGAGGGCGCUGUGCGGCUCGCUGCCCCGGGCGCUGCGAUGCAAACGGGACCGAGACCACCACGAUAAAACGGCGUCCUCGUCAGGGAGUCAGUCCACCACGCAACAGGAGCUGAAAUCCAUCCGAGCGGACGAAGGGAGUGAAGCAAACUAACAGACGAGACCGACAUUUACCUCAUCUGAGACUGAAAAAAGAACAGGCCACGAAAAAACUGUCACAUUUAUAUGGUUUCAUAUGGUUACUAUGGUGAUUCCCUGUCUUUUACAUGGUUACUAUGGUGAUUCCCUGUCUUUUACAUGGUUACUAUGGUGAUUCCCUGUCUUUUACAUGGUUACUAUGGUGAUUCCCACUCCUUUAUAUGGUUGCUAUGGUGAUUCCCACUCCUUUAUAUGGUUACUAUGGUGAUUCCCGCCUCUUUUUGAUGGUUGCUGUUAUGAUUCCCGCUCUUUUACACAGUUACUAUUGCAUCCCGCUCCGUUACACGAGUCACUUUUCCGUUGACCCUCAAAUUGCGAAGAAUAUAACUUGCACAUAAAAAUUUACCAAAUGAAAAAACGACAAUUUUGCCAAAACUUUCAAUUUUCCAUGAAAAGUUUUUUCCGCUUGCAAGAGGUGGUUCUUCAGUCGUAGCAAGAUUAGGUUAACGAGCAUUCUAGAUUCAAAACAACAGAUAUUUCUGUUCGACGACAUGUUUAUGGAAUGACUUCUCGUGUCAUCUCCCGAUAAUAAAUAAACAAAUCAUCACAUUUGUGAUUUAAUGGAAAAUCUGACAUUGCGCACUUGUGUUUUUUCGACAUUUAGUAAAUAUCGGUAAAGUUUUGUGCAGAUGUCCAAUGGAAAAGUGACUACUGUUACUAUGGUGAUUCCCACCCUUUUGUGUAACAUGGUUACUAUGGUGACGACCACUUUUGUCGGUGAAACACCGAUACUGACAACCGUAGUUUUACUUUCAGAAAAGUCCUCAAACAGAUGUUUGUCAUUCACACAAGUGUUCAGACUGGUCUGAAGGCGCUGGCGUCCAUUUUCUGUCGGUUUAGUUGAAACUGUGGAAACAGUGAGUGUGAGUGGACUGGAUCUGAAGGCUCUGCUCUGGGUUCUGAUUGGUUUAAUUUGGUUUAAUUAAGCCAAAUUAGAAUGAACUCAUUUGACAGUAUUUACAUUGUAUUAUAUGUGUUGGAAAGAAAUUCUGAUCCAUUUUCAUCUGGAUGAAUUUGGCUGUUGUCCGUAUAUAAACAGCAGUGAGUCCUAGUUUUACUGAACAUAAACUCACACCUGGUUACUUUUAUAGACUGUCUGGUGAAUUAAAGGGCUCACUGCAUUUCCUCAGUUAUUUUGCUUUUAAACCCAACGACAUGAAUGACGAUAAAAUUAAACCCUAAUAACAUUAUUGUAUUAUUAUGUUUAUUCUGCUGUUUUACUUGGUAUUUUUAUUUCACUGUUUUUAAUUGUACAGCUGCUUUUAUGUCUUUUUAAUCUGUUCUUGUAUUUUAGUCUAUCACUUUGCUUU